AAUCCGUAGUUUCACGCGUUUGCGCGGCCUCAGCUACUCCGAGACUAAGAUUCGUGCAUUCGCAACGAAUUGAAGAAUCCAUCGUAUUUAAUCCGAUCAAGAUUCGGGCUCGGAAUGCUCUAGGUUUAUUACUGUUCUCACAUGUACGUAGUUGGGUGAGCAGAGGAAACAAAGUCAUUAAUAGCUGUAAGUUUGGAUCAGACAGUCGAGACAGUAUAUCAAUCAACAAGACGCUUAUCGAUAAUAAUACUUCUGAGAGAAUGGCUUUACCUAGUAGAGCGCGAGUCUAUGCCGAUGUAAAUUCACAUAAACCAAGAGAAUACUGGGAUUAUGAAUCUUAUGUUGUCGAUUGGGGACAACAAGAUGAUUACCAAUUAGUAAGAAAAUUAGGCAGGGGUAAAUAUAGCGAAGUAUUUGAGGCCAUAAAUGUUACAAACAAUGAAAAAUGUGUCGUAAAAAUAUUGAAGCCUGUAAAAAAGAAGAAAAUAAAAAGGGAAAUAAAAAUUUUAGAAAAUCUUAAAGGUGGGACCAACAUAAUUACACUCCAAGCAGUUGUCAAAGAUCCAGUUUCAAGGACACCAGCAUUGAUUUUUGAACAUGUCAACAACACUGAUUUCAAGCAAUUAUACCAGACGCUAACUGACUACGACAUAAGAUACUACCUCUACGAAUUAUUAAAAGCGCUAGAUUAUUGUCACAGUAUGGGAAUUAUGCACAGGGAUGUGAAACCGCACAAUGUUAUGAUAGACCAUGAAAAUCGAAAAUUACGAUUAAUCGACUGGGGAUUAGCAGAAUUUUAUCAUCCUGGUCAAGAAUACAAUGUACGAGUAGCAUCCCGUUAUUUCAAAGGUCCGGAACUACUUGUAGAUUAUCAAAUGUACGACUAUUCAUUAGAUAUGUGGUCGUUGGGUUGUAUGCUCGCAAGUAUGAUAUUUAGGAAAGAACCGUUCUUUCAUGGACAUGAUAACUAUGACCAAUUAGUUCGAAUUGCAAAAGUUCUUGGGACUGAGGAAUUAUUUGAAUAUCUUGACAAGUAUCACAUUGAAUUAGAUCCUCGUUUCAACGACAUCCUAGGUCGACAUUCGCGUAAACGUUGGGAACGUUUUGUACAUUCGGAAAAUCAACAUCUAGUAUCGCCCGAAAGCUUGGAUUUUCUUGAUAAACUCUUACGCUAUGACCAUUAUGAGAGAUUAACUGCGCGCGAAGCAAUGGAACAUCCUUAUUUUUAUCCCAUAGUAAAAGAACAAGGUCGAUUGACCAUGGUGUCAUCAUCACCUACUCCCAUGACAGGCUCAGUGCCUGUAGGUGAGUAGCGGCCCAGAUCAUCGUGGCGUAACAAUGACCACUGUAUCGAUUCAUGGGACAAACGGAUUGGAAAGCAUGGAAGAAAUUGGAAGCGGGUGUUUGACCCUUUCAGAAGAACUGCCUCAAGUAAUCUUAUAAGUUCAGCAAUUCUGAAUUUCAACAACCCGAUUUUCAAUCUACCACAAAAUAUUGCAAUGCAGCAGCAGAUAUUUCGUAUUGCCAAGUAUAUUCUUCUCCAUACGAAAAUCAUUCUGAUUUGUAACGACAACGGCUUGAUCGAUGAUCCCAUCGUUAAGACUGAAGUAUCUAAUUUCGCUUUCUCUCUUUCAAAAAUAUAUAAUCACUCAAAAUUUGCGAUGUACUUAGUGUAUCACGGGAGAUUAGGAUUCUGGCACAAACUCUAUCACACGAGAAUACAUGCUCCGUCCAUAUUGGCCGGUGUGCAUGCGAUAUCAAAAACAGCGAGUCGCUCAUUUCCGUUUUACGAUUCGCGAUGCGUCCCAUUACUAUAUAUACUAUUUUUUCUGAUGUUGCUAUUAUUAUCAUAUUUUUGGCAGAAUUAUAAAUGCAUAAAGAUGCAGCUAGAUUCACUCUCAUUUGAUGAAAGAUGAUUACAUCGUGAUUACACGAUACGUGCAGUGGUGGAGAUUUUAAGCGAGCCAGCCACUCAUUUGCAUUCACAUACAUUCAUGUACACAGACACGCAAAUGAACAUAUACACAGUCAUACUUAUACCUUAGGCCAUUCGGUUUAGUACUUUUAACAAUGAUAAAAAAAUGUUCGUUUAUAUCUGAUACCACAAUAGUUGAAUAAAAUGUUUGUUAUAGCCAAGUA